UCGCAACUCGCACUCAACUUCAGACUAUUACGCGAAUAAAAUCUUAAAAACACGAUUAUAAAUUUUAUUUGAUUUUACUACCAUUCAAAUAAAAUGGCUACAGUUAAGGUCCCGGGAUCUGAGGUAAACGAGUUUUUAGCAAAUAAGCAAUCUUCGGAUACAGAAUUAUCAAGGGAAUGGUCAGAGAUAGAAGAAUUAUACAGCAAAAAACUGUGGCAUCAACUAACGCUGAAAUUAUUGGACUUUAUCAAAAAACCAAAACUGCAAACAGCCGAUCACCUAAUACAGCUAUAUAAUGUCUUUAUUCACACUCUUGAAAACAAAAUAAAUCCACUAUCUCUGGUAGAAAUAGUUGCCUAUGUUGUGCCACAGUAUAAAGAUAAAAAAGAAGCAAUUGCAUUCUUGCAGCAAGUUGAAACCAAAGUGAAACGGAAUGAUGAGGCAUUGGCACUAUGUAAGGUGCUCCAAGGGCAAAUAUAUCUUGAAAAACUCAAGGAUGUGGAUGCUACAGAGAAAAUUAUCGAGGAGAUUGAAAACAAACUUAUUGAUGCCAAUGGUAUCACUCCAGUGCAUGGACGAUUCUACAAGUUGGCUUCAGAAUACUACAGAGUGCGUGGCCCAAUGGGUGCGUAUUACCGCGCCGCGCUGCGAUACGUUGGCUGUAUGGCGGGGGGCGCAGACCUACCGCAGGCAGAGCGCCGGGCCUUCGCCCUGCACAUGGCCCUCGCGGCUGUUGUAGCGCCCGAUGUCUACGAUCUCGGCGAGUUGCUGGCACACCCAAUAAUGGAGAAUCUGAACGGAACAUCAGACGAGUGGGCUCGUGAGUUGCUGAAAGCUGUCGCCAAUGGAGACGUUGUCGCCUUCGAGAACAUUCGAGCCUCAACACCUCACACCGAGUUACACCGUCUGGAUCGUCAGUUAAAACAGAAGAUUGCCAUUCUCUGUCUUAUGGGGAUGGCAUUCAGACGUACAUCCCCGCAACGCAAGUUGACCUUCAGUGAUAUUGCUAGAGAGGCCAGGAUCUCUCAUGAUGAGGUGGAACUGCUGGUCAUGAAGGCGCUCGCUGAAAAGCUGAUAAGAGGUCAUAUUGAUCAGGUGAAUGAAACAGUGAAGAUAACUUGGGUGAAGGCUCAAGCUCUGGACCGCAGCGGAGCUGGUCUGUUGGCAGCCAGGCUCGACACCUGGUGCUCAAGCGCCGCCGCCGCCUCACACCUGCUGGCUAACAACACCAGCGACAUCCUCACUCUUUAGGAACAUAUUAUAUAUAAUUAUCAUAAAAAAA